UGCUCUGAAUGGAAGUGGAAUUCCGCAUCCAAAUUUCCAUGGAACUUACCGAAAUCGAUCCAAGAAUGGGUUAGUGGAUUAGAAGUCUUUCUUCGAGGAGAUAUAAAGGAGAAGACUCUUGCCUUCUCCGUUUAUGAUCUAAACGAAGAUGGUUUAAUUUCAAGGGAUGAAAUCAAUAAAUUAAUAAACCUGAGCUUGUCUUGCGAGACAAACAAUGAAGACAUCGACGACAUAAUUCGAGAUCUUGUUGAUUAUUCCUUUAAGCGAUUAGAUGUUAAUCACGAUGGGAGAAUAGAUUACGAGGAUUUUCUUAAAGUUGUAAAAGUGGACCUCCAAUUAAAAUGUAUUUACAUACUACUUGGUUUAAAGAAGUAG